UACAAUCGUCGCGUACAUCGAACGAUCCGUAUGCGACCCGUAGACGUGACGCCUGAGGCUGCCGAGAAACUCUUGAAAACGGUGUACAGUCGAACGAAGAUAGCCGCUCCAAGACGAUUCAAGAUCGACGAUUCGGUGCGCGUGAGCAAAUUCAAAACGAUAUUCGAAAAAGGCUACACACCCAAUUGGACUACAGAGGUGUUUCGCAUCGCCAAGGUACAGCUGACAAAUCCUGUGACGUAUCUACUGAAAGAUUAUCGCGGACAACCAAUAUCUGGAGGUUUCUACGAGCACGAAUUAUCACGAGUCACCAAUCCCGACGUUUAUCUGGUGGAGAAGGUUCUACGUAGAAAAGGCAACGAGGCGUACGUAAAGUGGCUAGGAAUGGAUAAGUCGCACAAUUCGUGGAUACACAACACAGAAAUAUUGUAACACUUUAUUAUCAUUAUACAAUAAAGGUGUUUACAUGUAGUAUUAUUCUUGUUGCGGUACCCCGUAAUGUCCCCACGGCAACGUGUUGCACGAUUCGGGCCCGACGUAUCGCUUGUC